UCUGUCCGUAGAAUUCGUAAUUUGUAUGGUAUAUUACUACGUCUGAAUAUCUGUUACUGACUGAUAGAAUAGAAUUGCGAAAAUAUUGUGAGGGAUUGGCAAAAAACAUUUUGAAAGAAAGAGAGGCUACUUCUUAGCAGUUUUUAAUAGUAAAAUAUUAGAAAUAGAUCAAACAUAUCACUAACCUAGUCUAUAGUAUACUAUAAGGCUCUGAGAAUAGUAAAGUGAAGAAAAUGUAAAUUGUAAUGAGAGUUACAUUUACAGCUAGGCCUAACAUUAGUCGAUCAAAUAUGAUAAUAUUAUCAGUUUAUCAUCAGCAGUAGUAUACUUAUUAAGCUUUUUAAAGUUUUAACGAGAAGCGGUAGGUGACUAACUUCGUAAGCAGUCGAGAGACUUGUUAUUUUUAUUAGGCUUACUCUUAGUAUUAACACCGAAUACUGUAAAUUGUAAUUUGGUUGCAUAUUAUUCAUUAAUUUCUAUGCUUAUCAUUAAGAUAAGUUGAAUUACGACAGCCAUAUUCCGUACUGACUACUAGUUCAGUUAUUGGUAAUCAUGGUAUUGUGUUUUGAGAUUCUCAACAGACUGAAACAAAAGUACAACACGAAAGAGCAGGUAAAAAACUCAACAUUUACCUUAUAAAGGCGAUUACAUGUAGGUCUGUAUUACUUUAAAGUGGGAAAAAAACAUUACAUAACAAGCACAAAUACAAAUAAUUCUAUAUUAUUUUGAAUGCAGUGUUACUUUUUAGUGGAUUAGAGCUUACUACAAAUAUAUAAAAACACCUGUUACUGAAGAAAACUACCAAACUUUUAAUUUCAGCUAAUUACUAAAUUGUGAAGGCUACAAGCUUAUGAAGUACUGCAAUUAAGGUUAAUUGUAUUACCUAUUUAAAAUGGCUUCCAAAAUAUCAGACACAGAACUUCGUCAUAAACUGAAAGAGUUGGGUGAAGAUGUUGGACCCAUAACAGAUUCCACUCGUUAUUUGUGGCAGAAAAAACUGAAUAACCUUUUGAAUGAUCAGAAAAAAAAUCUUCGAAAAAGAAGUAUAUCAAAAAGUGUUAACUCUAAAAAACUUGGUGGAUUCAGCUCUGAUGAAAGUGAACUUGAUUCAACUGCAAACAAAACUGUAAGAAGUGGAAGAAAGAGAGUUUCUACAAAAAAUAUGAGUGAUAAUUAUGUUUCAAAUUUAAAGAAUUCUCCCAAAAAACUACCAUUGAGCUUAAAUAAACACAUGGAUGAAAAUGAUUUUAAGAUACCAGGUCCUGUGCCUUUGAAUUCAAAGAAAAGUUUAUCUCGGAAAAAACAUUUAAGUAGAUCUUGUGCAAGUGAUCUUACUAGACAUGGCUUGAAGAAUUUAAAUGGGUCAGUUGGAUCAGAUUCAGUGCUAGAUACAUCUUAUGAUGUUGAUUCUUCAGAUUCUGAUGUUGAUUUUGACAGACAAAAACUAACUCCAAAUCAGAGUAGACAAGAUAGUUCAUUAUAUGCUACAAGCUUUUCUUCAGAGGUCAACAAACAUACCAGUAUGAAAAAGAAUAUUUCUACAAAAAAUGGGAAUUAUGACUUAGUCUCUUCAGAAGAAGUUGGUUUGUGGAAAACUGUAAAACAUGGUAUAUUUGUUUCAUUUUACAGACUGUACACAAGAAAUGGAGAGAGUUGCAACAUUUUGAAUUCUUUGGAUGUUUACACCUUGGAAUCCACAAAAGCAUCUAAGCCUUUUCUGUGUCGUUUACGGCAGGCAACAAAAAAAGCCUUCUGGCAGGUGGCGGUUAUUGUUCUUGUGAUUGUGUUAGCUUGUGGAUGUAUGCAGUAUGUUAAGUUUUCUAAAAGAAGAAGAGAGAGUGAAUGGAAAGAACUUAUUUCAAUGAUAGAAAGGAUAAUAGAAAUAUUAAAGCACCAAUAUGAAGCAUCUCAGUCAGAUCCAAGCAUUAAAGGAUAUGUUGCAAUAUCUCAUGUCAGGGACAUGUUAAUACCUCUAUCUGAAAGAAAAUCAAAGGAGAAUUUGUGGAAAAGGGUAGUUAAGUUUUUAGAAGAAAACGAGUCUCGUGUACGGGUCGAGGACCAGCAUAUUGCAGGAGAAGUUUUCAAUGUGUGGCGUUGGAUACAGAUAUCUCCACCAGAGAACUCUAACAAGAAGGACAAAGUAUGGCAAGGUCAAGCAUUUGGAAAUGGUGACAGAAGCCCAAAUAUGUUGCCUUUUGCUCCAACUCCUUGCCUCAAGAUCCGCAACAUGUUUGAUCCGGAAGUAGAAUAUGGAGAUGACUGGCAUGUCCGAAUACAAGAUGCUAUUUUGGAAAAGUGUGAAAGCAACAGUGGAAUUGUACAUAUGUAUGUUGAUAAAUCAUCAAAAGAGGGUUGUGUUUUUCUAAAAUGUAACACUUUACAAGCAGCACGUGAAGCAUACAGUUCUCUUCAUGGUUGGUGGUUUGAUGGUAAAUUGGUAACGGUUAAGUACUUGAGACUUGAGCGUUACCACGAAAGAUUUCCUGCAUCUCGUUACAGUACAAUGCCUCUGAAACCUUCAAACAACAUGCGGCUAUCAUUGUCAGUGCCAUUCCAAAACUCCGUGCUUGAAAGAACCUGAACUGAACAACUUUAGGGUUGGUACUCACCCAAGUUGGGAGUGCAAUGUCUUUUGAUGAAGAAAGAAACAUUUCUAAUAAAAAAUUUUAAAAAGUUACCACUACAAUGCUGGUGUUUGCCACACCAACAAACUGUAAUAUUGUUUAACUGCUGGGUUUACUUAAAAACAGUUUUCUUUUUCUUUUUUUUUAAUAAGAUACCUGUGUAUACAUAAGCUCCUUUGUGAAAAUCACAAAUAUUGUGUGUGAAACGUUAUGGAGAAUAGAAUUAAUGUGGAAUAAUUCACUAUCUCCAUGUUCUCAUUUACAUAUUUUGAAGGGUUUUCAGGGAUGAUACUUUUUUUUUUUUUGCUGCAUUUAACCAGAGUAAAGAACAGUGUUUUUAAAAUGCAAUAUGAUUUUGAAGCUUAACUUCAUGGCUCUGGUAGAGAAAGUGUAUUAAUUCCAUUUGUUUGCUGAUAUGUUUUAAAAGCUUUCUAAGUAAAAUUGAGACUAUAACUCAAAAUCAAAUCUUUGUUACAGAAAUUCUAUAUUAAACACAGAGUGACAGUUAUUCAAGUCAUCCAUAUAUAAAGACAGGUACAUUGACCUAUAUUAAUAUGAAAUAGUACCAGUUUUAUUGUUUCUGGCAAUGUGAUAUGUGUACAUUUUCAUUUCUGUCCAUUCCUUUUUUUGUAAAAAGUAAAACUUAAACACUAAGCAUUUUAUUAAUAAAAUAUAUUUUAUCUAAGCUUCAAGGAAACUUUUCACAUACCAUCUUAGUACCAUAGUAGAAAUUUUUGGUUUGUUCCCUAUUUCUUUUCAAGAAUAUCUUUAAACACAUUAUUUUAGAAUACUCAUGAAAUUGUUAGGCUAUUUCAAGGAAUGAUGUAAACAAACAUUGAUAAUAAUUAUGUCUAAUAAGUUUGUGUUAGUACCAUCAUUAUUUCAGGAUGUUCUGUAGAGUUCAAAAAGGAAAAACAAGUUCCCAGACUGAGAAGAGGAGGGUACACCAAACUGAAGAUUUAAUGGUGGUUUCAUGUGUAGAACACAAGACCCAUGAACUGUCAAUUGCAGUGUUACUUUCUGUAUGCAUAUGGUGAGCUACAGAACGUGUGUUUGUUUAUUCUUGUCCAAUUGUGAGCUUGCUUCUUGAUUUUAAAAUUUUCAAUUUGGCUUAUUUUUGGUCAUGUUCUAUAGUGGUUUGUAGUUCUUUGUUUUAUCAUUUGCUCACGGUAUUCUUUAGUGAUUACUGAUUUUGUAGUCUCACCAUUUUCUCGUAUUGUUUAGCAAUAGUUAUUGCUUAAUAGUCUCAUCAUUCAGUCAUGUUCUGUAAUGAUUACUGCUCAGUAGCUAAUCAUUCUCAUGUUGAUAGUGAUUACUGUCUAAUAGUCUCACCAUUCACUCGUGUUCUAUGUUGGUUAGUGGUCUCAUCUCUAAUCUUGAUCUGUAAUAGGUACUUAUUAGUUGUCUCAUCAUUUUUCAUGGUGUUCUGUAGUGGUUACUGCUUUGUAGUUUCAUCAUUCUCUUGUUCUGUAGUGGUUACUGUUUGUCUCAUCAUUCACUCGUGUUCUAUGUUGGUUAGUGGUCUCAUCUCUAAUUUUGAUCUGUAAUAGGUACUUAUUAGUUGUCUCAUCAUUUCAUGGUGUGUUCUGUAGUGGUUACUGUUUGUCUCAUCAUUCACUCGUGUUCUAUGUUGGUUAGUAGUCUCAUCUCUAAUUUUGUUCUGUAAUAGGUACUUAUUAGUUGUCUCAUCAUUUUUCAUGGUGUUCUGUAGUGGUUACUAUUUGUCUCAUCAUUCACUCGUGUUCUAUGUUGGUUAGUAGUCUCAUCUCUAAUUUUGUUCUGUAAUAUCUGCUAUUUAGUAGUCUCAUCAUUCUUUCAUGGUGUUCUGUAGUGGUUACUGAUUAGUUGUCUCAUUGUUCACUUUUGUUCUGUGUUAGUAGUAUCAUCAAUCUCUCAUGGUGUUUUGUAAUGGUUGCUGCUUAGUAGUUUCAUUGUUCACUUUUGCUCUGUGUUUGUUAUUAGUCUCAUUCUCUUGUGGUGUUCUGUCGUGGUUACUGCUUAGUAAUCUUAUCAUUCACUUUUGUUCUCUGGUGGUUAGUAGUCUUAUCAUACUCUUGUGGUAGAGUAGUUACUGCUUAGUAGUUUCAUUGUUCAUUUUCGUUCUGUGUUGUCUCAUCAUUUUCUUGUGCUGUUCAGCAGUAAUUACUGCUUAGUAGUCUCAUCGUUCACUUAUGGUGUCCUGCAGCAGUUAGUGAUUACUAUUAUUUCACUCAGCUUAUUUUACAUUCCCUUGAUUUGUUUUGUAGUUUAAGAUGUUUUUAUUCAGCUGUAUAUUUCCAGCGAAGGAAGAAAAUUUUUCACUAACCUUUCUUAUCUUGAAAUUGUUAAUAUUUAAAAUGUGUAGAUAUAAGGACAACUGAAAGAAUGUACAAGAUGGGUUAAUACAGAACUUAAUAUGUGAAAUUAGUUUUUUUUAAACUUGGCUUUUGCUUCAUCGUGUCAAAAAUAAAGUAAUGUAACUAUCAAGCAAUUACUUUUGAAAUGAAAGGCAAAUGAAUUACUGUUCUAGCAAGAUAUUAGUUGUCUUUAUCACACAAAAAUUGCUGUAUUUCAUAAUUUGAAUCGUACAACUGUUUCACAAGUGAGGUCAGUCACUUGAGCUUAUUAAUAUAAAACUGAAGUCUUUGUUGUCCUACUGUUGUUUUCUUUUUAACCACAACUCAUUUUUAGUAACUUGAAACUUGUAUCAACAAACAAUAUUCUUGAAGAAACAGAAUGCAUUUUUUAGAGUAAAGAUCUAAUAAAUUAGUACAUAAGAAACUAUCUUAACUGGCAUGGAUUGAGAAAACAUGUUUUUACAGAACAUUCUAAAACACUGCUGUUGUUUCUUUGAAAUUAAGUAACUUAAAACAAGUGUCCAAGCAAGAAAUCACUUCCCUACCAUGAGUAAAGAAAGUCAUAAAAGAAAUAAAUCAAUUGAUACUAGGUUUUUAAGUAUUACUUAUUGUUAGUACUGAUAUUGUGCUUUAGCUUGUUUGUUCAGAAAAUUUAACUAAAUUGUGACUGCAUUUUGUGUCAUUUCAUUGUGUUACUUGGUUUUGGAAGUAUUGUCUUCUGUAUUGUGAAAUAAAUUGUUAUGUAACAGUC